GAGAUCCAGUCCAACGCCGACCGAGUGUUGAUAUAUCUCACGCUUUAUAUCACGGAAUGUCUGAAGCGAUUGCAACGCCUGCAGACCCGGGAACAGGCGGUGGCCGAGAUGUACGCCCUGGCCAUCAGCCGCUUUGAUAUACCCGGUGAUCCGGGCUUCCCGUUGAACGCGGUGUACGCCAAGCCCUCGGGCGCCGAAGAGCAGGACCUAAUGCGCCAGUAUUUGCUGCAACUGAGACAGGAGUGCGGCGUACGGGUGGCCGAGAAGGUGUGGGCCGACGGCCAGUGCGGCCGUCCCAGCAAAUGGUGGCUGUGUUUCGCGAAGAAACGUUUUAUGGAUAUAUCGCUGUCCGGCGCCGGCAAGUAGUGGUGGUUUGUGGUUGUGGUGGUGCUGAUGCUGCUGCUUGUGAUGGUCACUGACACUACUGGUCAUCACUUCCCGCGUCACUACUGGCCAAUCAGACACUGUUUGUGUGUUUUUGAUAAUAACUCAAUGAUAUAAUAAUCUCAAAGAGAAAAAGUCUGUAAAGUUUUUUUAGUGUGUGUUUUGGUCUCAAAGUGAUGGACAACUUUUUUUUUGUUGCUUAAGACUUUAGACAAUACCCGAUGCGA